AUGUCGACAAAAGCUUUUGAAUUUGAUGGUGCCAAGUUCGUUACCAACAACUAUGCUGCAGUUCUGACCAAUGAUGAAGCUCCCAGUGAGUUCCAUCUAAUCCAAGAUUAUCUUGCCCACAGUGAGUUCAUGUAUGCACUCACUCAACCAGAGGUUAUUUCUCCGGCUCAAGUUCUGACUCUCUGGCGAUCAGCGAGAUAUAAUGAUGGUGGUGAACACGGAUCACCAUCCUUAACCUGUACUUAUGAGGGACAGGAGUAUCUUAUAACUCCUGAGACGGUUCGAAAGGCUCUUCACCUUCCAGAGCAUUCCAAGUAUCAUAGUGCUGUUUCUACUCAAACUCUGAAGGAUAUGAUGCAGUUCUUUGGAUACUCUGGUAGCACUGAUAAAAUGGGGGAACUCAAGCGUCCAUAUUGGCUUAUUUUCUCAUACUGUUUUCCUCUGGUACCUAUUCCUGAUACUGAUACUGAACUACCUUUUAAAAUCACUAAACGAGCAUUCACUGAUUUGAUGAAAAAGGAUAGUAAGAAAGCCCAACUACCUAUUUUUGCUAUUCCUGUAACUGUACAGGAUAAACUGAAGCAGGCAAUGCCAGAUAAAUAUGAUCCCAUAUUCUCUGAUGAGAAUAUAGCUUCUUCUUCCCACCAGCCACAAGAUGUACCAUCCUCUGGUCCUUCCCAAAAAGGGCCAGUUGUAAAAUCUGACCACAAAUCCACCUCUGGUCCUUCCCAAAAAGGGUCAGUUGUAACAUCUUCACCUACCAGGGUGCUGAGGUCUUCAAAAUCACCAUCCAAACCAUCUCCUCCACCUAGGAAGAGAAGAUUCUUACAGAAAAUCUCAGACUCUGACUCUGAUCAUGAAGAUGUACCAACACCUCUUGUCUCCAGGCCCAGGAAGAAGAUCAAGCCCACCUCCACAAUCACUGAUCUCACUGUGGACCCUCCUCAGGAAUCCAUGGUUAAUCCUCUUGAGAUGGUCACAGUCUCUGAUCCUCUGAUGGUGGAACCACUAUCUGCUGUACCUCUGACAACUUCAUCAGAACAUACUCCAGAAGCUGACAUUCCUAUGUCAGAAAAUAUUCCUGAGUCAGAGGAUCUUUUGCCACAACCUCCAGCAGCUGAUAUACCUUCUUCAGGAACAACUCCAGAAGAACAUGUGUCUACUCCAGAAGCACAUGUGAUUACUCCAGAAGAACAUGUGUCUACUCCAGAAGCACAUGUGACUACUCCAGAAGAACAUGUGUCUACUCCUGAGAUUGCUCAGGAAACUCUGAUUCCUGUUGAAGACUUUGUUGCAGCUCCUGAUCAGGAGAUCCUCAAUGCUGCAAACUCUGAGGGAGCUACAGCUCCUCUUUGUUCACAUACUAUCAGCAUCACAGCUCAUGAUGAUGAUGAUGAUACUGAAGUAAACUCUGUUCCACCUGUUGACUCAGGAUCCCUUAUAGCUGAAAUCUCUGCUCUGCUUCAAGAAAGCAUCUCAGUCAGGGAAGUUUCUCCAAUUCAAACAUUCUCUCCAGUCAAAGUUCCUUCACCUGUCAGAGAUUCUUCACCAGCUCCUGAUUCUGAAAUUCCUCACUCUGUGUCUACAAAGAGCAAGGUCUGUACAUUAACUUACUCCAGGAAUAUGCAUAGAGCCCCAUCCUCUUCUGUGGAAGCCAGGCUGUCUUCUAUUGAAUCCACUCAGAGAUCAAUGCAGCAAACUCUGGCUGAUUUAAGCUCCUCUGUGGCUCAGCUGGUACAAUUUCUCAACUCUAAUGCUUUAAACUCUAAUGAUGUCAAAAAGGGGGAGAUGGUGCUUAAAGACAAAUGCAAGGUUGAUCAGCAACAGAGAAAGCCAAAUGAUGAGGAGGAGGAUGAAGAAAAGAAGAAAGCUGAAAAGUCUGAAAAUACAAACUCUGAAAUGGUCUUACAUACUCAGACUGAGGGAAAUAGGAGAGAUAAGGUUGGAAGUAGUUCAGCUACUCAUAAGGUUGGAAGCAGUUCAGCUACUCAAACUCAGACUACCAAAUCUCAACCUCUGAUACCAGCUGACAGUAAAUCAAGAGCUCUUUCUGAGCAACUAGUUGAGCUUGGUAAUCCUGAAUCUAAGAUUUUGAGUCACACAGUGAAGAUUCAUGGAGAGGAAACAACCUUAUUCUACAAAGCUCCUACACAACUGGAUUUUGAUGAAGCGGUUGCAAAGAAUAUAUUUGAACAAGAAAAUCCAGGGGUGUCAAUUGAAGAUAUUAGAAAAGAAGAAGAUCAGCCCAGAGUUUAUCAGAAGAAGUCUUACUCUGAUUCCAGUGGAAAAGGGAAAAAUGUCAUUGAUGGUGUUCCAUCAGAAAAGAAAACUGAAUCAAAACUGACACUUGCAACAAUUCCUGAGUCUAUUGAUCAGAAUUUAGCCUCUAACACUGCUCAAGCUAAAAAUAUGAAGGAAGGUCAGCUGAAGUCAGCUGAAGUAAAAGCUACCUGGAUAAAGUCAACCUCUGACAAGGCUCAAGUUGAUACAGUUGAACCAAAGAAGAAGAGCUUGUUUGGAAGCCUUGGUUCAGUACAGUACAAGGAAAGCUCUUUGUUCACUCAAAUCAGAGACAAAGGAACAAGAGGAAAAGAAGCACGUGACACUACUGGUCUACGUCACAGCCAAGAGAAAAUGCAGACCAGUGUAGCAACUGUCUUCAGAGAUCCAUAUCCUCUUACUGAAAAGGCUGGAGAAGUUGUUACACAGAAAGAUCUUGACAGGAUAGAGUCAGCACAAAUUCUGAUGGAUACUCAUGAUGGACCAGAAGAUAAGGAGAAAAUUGCUAUAUUUUUGGAGUCUGGCAGAGUUUACAGAAUUUCUGAAGCUGAUCAGUUGUUAAAGUCUCUAAGGGAACUUGAGCAUAUUCAUUAUAUGCUCGAGAUAAAGAAUGAAGCAACCAAGAGAUGGUCUGAGAGGCUGAAGAGAACUAUCCAAGAAAAGAGAAGAUUUUAUGGGAUAAGUUCUGAUGUUGAAUAUGUUCCUAAGAUAACUCAAGAAGAUGGUUCAGAAAUUAACAUGGAGAAAAAUAGCUCUGUUUUGGAGACUAUAGCAGGAACCAGAAUUUUGGGUUACAAUAAUGAAGCUGACAGACCAGGAGCUAUUCAAUUGGGAGAAGCUAUGAAAAGAUGCAAGGCAAGAGCCUUAAGAUCAGCUAUAUACCAGACAGGAGAAGACAAUGAAGAGAUAAAGACUGUCAAAGCUCAGAUGAUACAGACUCUGAAACAGAUUGAAGAAGAUUUGAUCACUCAGUUUGUCAAGGAGAGCUAUGGAUAUAGACUGAUUGGCUAG